AUACAAAGUCAGCUUUGUUUUUAUCCGGCUUUGGGACGGCGGCUGACAUGGCGCCUCCCGUGAGGUACUGUAUACCGGGCGAACGUCUGUGUAACUUGGAGGAGGGCAGUCCUGGCAGUGGCACCUACACCCGGCACGGCUACAUCUUUUCUUCGCUUGCCGGCUGCCUGACAAAGAGCAGCGAGAACGGCGCGCUUCCUGUAGUUUCUGUGAUGAGAGAAACAGAGUCCCAAUUACUACCAGAUGUGGGAACUAUUGUAACCUGUAAGGUCUCUAGCAUCAAUUCACGCUUUGCCAAAGUACACAUCCUAUAUGUGGGGUCCACACCACUUAAGAACUCUUUUCGAGGAACCAUCCGCAAAGAAGAUGUCCGAGCAACUGAAAAAGACAAGGUUGAAAUUUAUAAGAGUUUCCGCCCAGGUGACAUUGUCUUGGCCAAAGUGAUCUCCCUAGGUGAUGCACAGUCCAACUACCUGCUGACCACUGCAGAAAAUGAGCUAGGAGUGGUGGUGGCCCACAGUGAAUCAGGUGUCCAGAUGGUUCCCAUCAGCUGGUGUGAGAUGCAGUGCCCUAAGACCCACACUAAAGAAUUCCGGAAAGUGGCCCGAGUACAGCCUGAAUUCUUGCAGACUUAAGAAGCCAUAUUUUACCCCAUGGAGAGGAGUAAACUGUUUCUGAAAGUACGUGUAUGAAAAUAACUUGCCAUUGUCUUUAUUCAAACACCUGGGAUCAUCCAGCAACCAUCUCUAAACCAAAUCUGCCAAAAACUUAUUUUAUAGAUGGGACAUUACUCUUAUGAAGCUUUUCAUGAAUUUCAUUCUGUUGAGUGAUGAAACUUUUCUUUUGGAGCCACCAGCAAACAAAACUGUGUGAUGUUGGAAAUAGCCUAUUCCUCUUGAUGGUUCUUAUUAAUAGAUAUUUUUUGCUGUGACAAAGAAAAAUUUUUACUAAAAGCAUUCAUUGUUUCUGUUGUCUGGAGCAGAGAAGAACAUCUAAAUGGUGUCAUGACGUUUAGAGCAGGGUUUUGUCUAGUAACACCCAUUAACUGACGUGUCAAGUGCUUCCUUGCUCUGAACAAAGCCUGUAUUUUUUUGUGUUGUGUUUAAAGUAAUUGUGCUUUAAUUGUAUUAUUGAAUACUUACUAUAUGCCAGGCACUUUAUAUACACCCCCUCAUUUAGGUACAUUAUAAUUCAGUAGAAUUUGUAGGACAUAUGUAGUGAUCCAGGUAGCAUAUAGUUAGUUCUGAAAAGUAUUUGGUAAACACAGUAUUACUGAUAUAGUGGGUACUCCAAGAAAUGUUUGUUAAAUCUGAUAGAACACUAGCAUGUGAGGUGGCCAGGGAAAGAUUUGUGACGUGACAUCAGAAUGAAUUAGAGAACUUAGAUAAGAGAAGUGAAGAUAUUCAAGGCUGAGAGAGAAGCACAAGCACAGAAAUGCAGAAGCAGAAAUGAAGGCAUAAGUUUGUGGAUGAGGAAGGGAUGAGAAUUAAGCAUGGAGAGGUUGUAGAGGGAAUGGGAAGGAAAGAUGAAUAUGUGAUGUCACUUUUUGAGAUAUUGUUCAAGAAGUCUAUAUCUUUAAUGUGUAGUGACAGUGGUUGAGUCAGACCACCUGAGUUUGUAUCAUCUAGUUUCUAGCCUUGAGCAGGUUAGGUUGGGUUUUAUUUUUUAAUUGAAAAUUUUAUUGAGAGGGCCGAGCCCGUGGCGCACUUGGUAGAGUGCUGCGCUGGGAGCGCGGCGACGCUCCCGCCGCGGGUUCGGAUCCUGUAUAGGAAUGACUGGUGCACUCACUGGCUGAGUGCCGGUCACGAAAAAACGACAAAAAAAAAAAAAAAAAAAAAAGAUCUGAUUCUUUUAAAAAAAAAGAAAAUUUUAUUGAGAUCACUGUAGGUCCACAUGCAGUUUUAAGAAAUAAUACAGACAGAUGCCUUGCACACUUUGCCAGUUUCCCCCAAUAGUGCCAUUUUGCAAAAUUAUAGUAUAAUAUAACAACCAGAUGUUGACAUUGAUACUUGAGCAGGUUGUUUUUAUCUCUGUCUGUUUUCUCAUCUGAAUAGUAUGACCUCAUAGGUGUAUUAUAAGGAAGAAAUGCAUUAAAAUGCUCAGUACAUGCUAACAUUACUGUUGUUAUUAUAUAUCAGAUUGCCUUCUAUCAAACAUCUACUAAAUGCCAGGUCUUAUGCUAGAACUUUGAUGUAGGUUGUUGAAGAAGUCACCUAUUGAUAGUUAUUUUUAAACUUUACAAUUUUUUCUAUUACAAACAUUUAUCUUUGUGCAUGCCUAUGAUUCUCUUGCAAAAUAGAGUCCCAGAAGUGGAAUGCUGGGUCAAAGAAUAUGCACAUUUUAAAUUUUGAAUAGAUUCUCCCUUAUUGCCUUUCAGAUGCUACUAAUUAAAUCUCUCAUCAACAGUGCAA